AGGCAUUUUACACAAUUCGUUUCGUUCUCGUCAUUCGGUUUUGAUAAUUUCGUUCGUUCGCUCGCAGUUUCGGGGUGUUCUGUAAAUCAAGUUCAUUGGGCCAGCCAAGCGUACUUGGAAAUCGCCUUUUAAGGUGACUUUUGCACUAGUUAAAACAAUAUUGUCAGUCAGGUGUCCAGAAAUAUUUAGACAUAAGUGAAAAGUAUUGUUAAAUUCGAAACUCGUGUGCUCUAUAGGAAAAGUGGAAAACAAAGAAAGUGUCAGAAAAAAGCGCGCUAAUUUUCAUUCGAUUGAGAAUCAAGCUUUUCAUUUCUCACAGCAGGCUGAAAAAAUCGCUCUCCUUGAAAAUUAUUUGCCCCGUAAGCAUAUUGAUGAAAAAACGAAACGGGAAUAAUUGAGGAACAACACAACCAACAAAGGAAAACUCUACGAAGAAAACCCAUCUACGUAGUAACGAACGAAAUCGUGUUACUAUUUGCAUCCAAAACACUGAAUCCAUCGAAUGAGAAAGGACAGUCAAGAUGAAUGAAAACCUAACGAAAAUAUGUCGCAUAUGUCUGACCGAGGGCUCCCGGAACAUUUUCCAGAAGACGGUCGCCCAGGAUGGAUUGUACAACGUUUCGUCCCUGAAUCGGAUCUCGGAAAAACUUCGCUACGUAACUCUGCUGAAGAUUGACGAACUGGAAAACCUUCCCGCUUUGAUCUGUGACCUGUGUAUCGUUCAGCUCAACGUGGCCUACAACUUUAAACGGCAAGCCACCGAUUCCGACACCAAACUGCGCCAAUACAUGAUCGAAAACGGCAUCGAUAUCAUGAAAGAUCCGCGAUCCUUGCCGCGGUCUCGCCCAACUGCAGCAACAACCGCAACCACAACGAUUCGUGCAAUCACUUCGUCCGCUCGUGUGAAUCAAAGAUGCAAUUCGACGUCCUCUUCAUCGGUGCAGGAGGUUGCUUUGGCCCCCAAUUCCUACCCGGGCAACGGUAUUCGGCUGCAACCGAUCCGCAUCAAAGUGGAAUCGCCGGAGUCGUUGGAACAAUCGCCGGACUCAAUCGAGCUCAUUUCGAAUUCAACAAUUUCUCCUUUGAGCUCUACAAACUCAACAAGUGCAGUUCCGAACGCAGUUCCAGUGACCGAAGCAACGACAGCAGCUAUUUCCGAUAUUGCAAAUAGUUCACUUUCGUCCAGCAAAAAUAGUUUGGGUUCAAACGGUCGAGAUAGCACCAUGGUAGUUGUCGAAAAUCGUCAGAGCAACGAUCAGGCGGAUAGAGAAUACGUGCGUCGAAUUCUUGGUUCCAACAGCAGUCUAGCGAGCAGCUCUGAACAAGUGGCAAAAUCUGAUGCGACAGACAAGGGUUUGAAUGGUAGAAAGUCAAGAACCUCUUCAAAAAUAUUGGACAUGGACAAACCCGAAGACAGCAACAAGAAUGUACGCAUGAGAAACCUGUUGUCUUCUUUAACUAUCAACAUGGUUACGAGUCGUUUCCCUAAAUCAAAGUUAAGAAUAAAAGCUCGUAAGAAGCUGCAGAACAAAAAACUUCACGAGAAAAAUCACGGCACACCACGCUCUUCUGCGCAAAGCCGAGUAGGAGGUCCAAAGUUAACUCCAGGCAGUGUUGAUAAAUCCGAUCCGAGAAUUCAAAAUCUUAUCAAAGCUCGAAUGGCGCGACAAAACAAAACUAUCAUCAGCGGUACCACACUGAAAUCGUUGGGGAAAAAGAUUCGCGAGGAAAGGGAGACACAAAACCACGACUCAACCAGAAGGAAAAGAAAACCGACCUAUAAGAAACUUGAAGAUAUCAAGCAGCCUAAGCAAGGCGAACCGAUUCCUGUCGCGACGAAAUCUUGAUUAAGAAUCAAGAAGGAAUUUGUUGUUGAAUUGUAAGCGUAUAGGUAUAGUUGAGAUUAUACACACUGUUCUUGAGAUACAAAACAAGAUGCUAUCUUAGUUCUAAUAUAUAAUAUUUGUAAAGCAUGUUUGAAGCAUGUCAGUAAAAUUUGAUAGAUCCUCGUAAAACACAAAGUUGAGCAUAGGUUUAGAUAUAGAAAGUAACAUAAUAUAGAAAAAUAUAUCCCCCCGACCUGAAGUUGAUUCUAGAAAAAAAAGCAGUUAUGUUUGUGCCUUAAAUGACAAAAUCACCCUACCUAGUAAAAUGAGUGCACAAUUGUUAUUAUCAUUACACUUGUAACACUUCCUAGAAGAAAAACAUCAUUCUUAUACAAAUGUUUUUAUGUUUUGUCUUUUAAAUUAUAACAAAUACAAUAUUUAAAAAUAUACAAGUGUACUAGAAGAUGAUUGACAAACGCAUUGCACGAAUCGCUUCCUCUCGGGAAACCUUUUCAAAACGCUUUUAGAGAGAUCAUGUGCAAGAGAUUGCGAGCAUUGCUGAACUAGCCUUUGGAGUUUAUGUCGACUAGCGUUACCGGAUCAGGUUAGGUCAUAACCAUAAGAAAAGCAGCCAAUAAUGGUGAGUACUGCUUUAAGUUAUUUUCAAUUUUAAUUUAUUGAUACCGAUUAGAAAUUGGAUUUGGUAUUGUAGUACGUUCUAGGUUGCAAAUCAAAGCUAAAGGGCUUUUGAAUGAUUAAAUACUAUAUUGAACUUCAAACUUUGUGUAAUUUAAUUUUAAAACCAUUGUUUUCAAACCUUAACUUACACAAAUUUAUACAAGAAAAUAUUAAUGAGGUUAGCAUGGUUUGCUAAAAAUUGUUGAUUACACCAUUCAGACCCUUGUAGUACAAUUUAAAGUGCGUCUUUUUAAAAUUUUGUUUUCAUUCUGAUUGGAAUGUGUUCUCAAAUAUUAAAUCAAAACAUGGAUAUUAAAAUAGAACGCACUUUAAUGAGCUGUAGUAUAGAUUGUAAAGUUUAAUCUUCAUCUUCUAUUCACCUGUUUUCAAAUGUUGCAAUAAAGGCAAUUUUAAAACGUUUUACAUAUCCCUCUAUUAAUUUUAACUGCAUUGGUACGAAUCAAGAUAACACGUGAAACAAAACAGGUAGAAAAAAAAGUAAUGUAUAAAACUCAAGUUAGAAUAAAGUUAUUUAUUAAAAGUUUAAAAUUCUAUAAUAACUCAUGGUGCUUAAAUAAGAAAUGUACCUAUCCACAAAAAUAAUGCAAAUGGUGCACCUGUUUGAAAUAAAAA